AUGGUCGAUCGUUGUACUCAUCAUUAAUUGCAUCCUCUCUAUAAGGACUUCUUUCGCAUUCAUUCCACCAAAUUUAUAGCCUUAGACAACAUAGCUGCUUAUGUUACAGAAAUCUAAGAUGCCACAUCAAUUCUGAAAAAUUUAUUUUCAAAAGGAUUCUAUUUUCCAUAUGAGAAAUGCGAUGAUAUCGAUAGAGAGGAAUAUAUGUGGAACAGAGGACUAUGCAAAUAAAUAUAUACACAAUAAAUCAAAAAUUAGGAUGUUUUGAUAAUUCAAGGAUUUAUGGAUAGUUAUUCAGUGUAUUUGGAAGGCAAAAGAGUAUAAGUAGCCUUAAUAACCAAAAGAUCUUUGAAAGCUCCAGGGACUAGAUUGGCUUAAACGGGUGUGUAGAAAGAUGGAAAUGUGGCUAAUUUUGUGGAAACAACAUAGAUAGUAGUUGUAGCCAAUUUGAAAUCUUAAUUUAAAUAAAUUAGAGGGAGUGUUCCUGUAUUUUGGAGAGAAUCAGGAAAUUUAUUAAUGAAGAAAUUAGAAUUGUACGGAACUGAAUAAGAAAAUCAUAUUGCAUUUACAAAUCAUUUCAACAAUUUAAUUUUUGAAAAAAAACGAGAGAGUGUUAGCUCAGAACAUGAUUUGAUCUAGGCAUAUGAAUUAGGAGUUCAUCAAUAUUAACCUGAUAAAUUAAGAUAUAUAUAUUAUAAUUUUGAUGAAAUUACAUAAGAUGUUGAUUUCCAUAGAAUAAAUUAGGUCAUAAUGAAAAUCAGUAAUUUUAUUUAAAAUAUUUAAUUUAAUGCCUAUGAUUUAUUAACAAAUUAAAGAAAGUUGAAACAAAGAGGAAUUGUUAGAACAAAUUGUUUGAAUUGCUUAGAUAGAACAAAUGUAUAUUAGUAGAGAGUUGGAUUAUUGAUGUUAGAAUAUCAAUUGAAAUGA